GCCCAAUAACUAACACAAAAGAGGAAGGCCUAAAAGUAAUAACAAAUGCGCCAGUCAAAAAUUAAUGUAUAACCGGUCUAAGAGUGGUUCGAAGCUCGCAGACCUAUCGAAUUCGAAAGAUUAGCACACUGUACCCCGUCUUCCUAGACAAAGUGCUCCGAUUUCCAGUUACCUCGGACUCCGUGAGCCAUGAGCGGCGAGUCGCGGUACGAGAUCCAGCAGACCGCCUACCUGAAGCUCGUCCUACAUGCCCUCAAGCACCGCACCUCCGCCGUCAACGGCGUCCUACUCGGCCGUACGUCGCCCGAUGGAUCCACCGUUGAGAUCGCCGAUUCCGUCCCUCUCUUCCACUCCCAGAUCGGCCUCCUUUCUCCCCUGGAGAUCGCUCUGAUUAUGAUAGAGGAGUACUAUGGAGAAAAGGGACUGAGUAUUGUUGGUUAUUUUCAUGCCAACGAGAGGUACGAUGAUUACGAGCUUCCUAGUGUUGCCAAGAAUAUUGGCGAUCACAUAACCCGGUAUUUUCAUCAGGCUGCGCUGCUUUUGUUGGAUAACAGUAAGCUCGAGGAUUUACCCAAAGGAAAAGAUCGAAGUCCAGUGGUUCAGCUUUACACGAAAGAUGGAUCUAGCUGGAAGCUAGUUGGAUCAAAGGGUAGCAACCAGCUCACUCUCACACAGCCUUCAGCAAAUACUGUGCUUUUGGAUUACAUCUCAUCUGGGAAAUGGAAGGACAUUAUUGAUUUUGAUGACCACCUGGAUGACAUCAGCAAGGACUGGUUGAACGCAGGACUUUUUGAAUAAGCUUCAAGUGUGUGAAUCUUAUUAUUUGCUCGAUGCAAGUAGUUGUGUGUUCACAUUAUUAACUCGGUUUUCACUACCAUUUUCGAGCUCUUGGACAACAAGUUGAAUGCCAUUGUCGGAAUGUAGCAAUUUUUGUGCGGCAUAGACUUUUCUACUAUACAUUUAUCUCAAUUGUUGCUGAUGGUAGUUCUUAAUUGAACCAUGAUUCCGGCUUUCCAGUUCUUCGUUGCAACUUUUUACUCGUUUAUGAUCUUCUGUGGAUUGCUAGCUGUUCACGGUGGCUUGAUAAUAUUCCGUUUAUAAUGCGCAGUUGUUUAUUUUCUUUUUAUUUGCACAAUCUACAGUUAUUCCAUUGUAUGAUUUUUUCUUUUCUUUGACACUAAUUAAUGGAUAUGAUUAUAGGCUUGUAGCUAGCUAUUCUGACCGUGGAAUACAUUGUGGAAAAGUGUUCCAUUUUUC